UCUUCGCAUCCUACAUCCACCAUGUCCCCAAAGUACUAUCUUCUCCCUCUAUUUCUUAGGCUCGUUGCGGUAAUGUCUGCUCCGGCCCCGCCCCUUUCACAGGCUGCUACCAAGACAUAUGCAGUCUCGGGGGAUCUCCGAGGGCCCACGUCCCUACGGGGGUAUGACCCGGAGCUUCCAUUUGCAACGGAGAGCGCAAACCGAGCGCCAGUGCAGCUUGCACCUGGGCAAGAUGAAGAUGAUCCGGAGGGUCGUAUUCUAAACUUUGAGAAUGUUACCGAACCGCAGCCAUUGAGAGGUACCCGCGGUGGUACAAUUGCCAGCAAUCAUGAUGUCGAGCUCGAGAAGUUACACCCAGACUCCUUCGCACCACCGACAACAGAUCAUGGUGCUGUCAAACAGGCGGAGUGGCCUCUUGGGUUGAGCCAUGUCAAGCUCGGAUUGGAGAGAGCUGGAUGGAGUCGACAGCAGAACAUCAAUGUGCUACCUUCUGCCACAGAAAUGGCCGGCGUCAACAUGAGACUUGAGGCAGGAGGAUACCGUGAAUUACACUGCAAGUCACGCCAUUGGGCCCUGAUGUUGAAUGGAUCAGCUAGAAUCCAGGCUAUGAAUGUCGACGGUCAGACAUUCAUCGAUGAUGUCACCAAGGGAGAUGUUUGGUUCUUUCCUAGUGGUGUACCCCACUCCAUUCAAGGCCUCGAGAACGGAACCGAGUUCUUGUUGGUCUUCGACGACGGCGAAUUCUCUGAGGAUAGCACCUUCCUUGUCUCCGAGACAUUUGCACUCAAUCCUAAAGAGGUCCUUACCAAGAACUUCCAGCUUCCCGAAAGAGCCUUCGACGAUAUCCCAGAGGGCGAGCUAUUCAUUUUCCCGGGCACCGAAGCACCGGAAGAUAUCAAGAAGCAAAAUGUCACCGGCCCAGCUGGUAUCAUUCCCAACAAGGAAAGCUACUCUUACCACUGGUCCCUGCAAAAGCCGAUCAAGGCGCCCGGGGGAACCGUCAAGAUCCUCGACUCCAAUACAUUCCCCAUUGCUGAGAAUUUCGCUGCUGCCCUCGUAACCAUCAAGCCCGGAGCCAUUCGUGAGAUUCAUUGGCACCCGGACUCGGAUGAAUGGUCAUAUUUCUUGUCUGGAACUGCGCGCCUCACAAUCUACGCAGCCCAAGGGAACUCCCGAACCUUCGAUUUCAGGACGGGUGACGUUGGAUACAUCCCCAAGAGUCAGACUCAUUACAUCGAAAAUACCGGAACCGAAGACGUCAUUGUCCUAGAGGUCCUCCAGGCAAAGAGGUUCACCGACUUUAGUGUCGGUCAAUGGCUCGCUCUCACUCCACCCCAGGUUGUCCAAGACACACUACACCUCAGCGACGAGUCCAUAUCCCAGCUUUCCAAGGACAAGCCAUUUAUCGUAGAUGGACCCAUACCGGAAUAAUUGGGGUAUCUGAGCGGUGUCUUCCCGUUUUUUUUUUUGAGGAAUCUCUAUAAACUCUGAUCAUUAUUUUGUCCGUACGACUAUGCCAGACCUUAUAUUCCUUCCCAUAAUUAUCUUUUCCCUUCCCUUUGAGAGCCCGGGGUGAGGAUUUGCUAUCGUGUGCAUGUAUUUAUCCAAGGUCUGCUAUGCGCGAGACAUGCUUAGUUACCCACCGUA